GCACAGCCCUUUAGAAAAAGCAAAUCGAUUAAUUGAGAACAUCCAGAAAAUAAAUUAUUUUUAAGAAUCCUUGACACUUCAUAAAGACAAUCUUUAAUAUUACGCAAAUUUAUCCGCAAAAAUAAAUGUACAAGAAAUCUGUAAAUUUUGACAAAUAUUCUUCUUUUAGAAACAGCAGCAUAAGCGAGAUUAAUAGCUGGGUGGAUGCUGUUGAUCAAGAACAUAGUUUGCGGGAAACUAGACGAACUGAGAUAAUGAAAGAUGGACUUAAAAUUGUUACCGAUUUUAUUGAAAAUGAGGUCAAUGGAACUAAGAAGAUGUCGAAGGUUGUCACAACAUACAAAGUCAUUACAAAAAAAGUUCCUCGAGUCGUUGCAGAACGCAAAAAGUGGAAAAAGUUUGGUCAAUCAAAAGAUGAUGGUCCAGGUCCUCAUAUCAACACAACUUAUGUGGCUGUUGAAGUUGAAUUACAAUUUCUUCAUAAUAAAUUUGGGGAGACUGACGACCUUUUAAUGGAUGAAAAGGGACAAGCAACAAAAGGAAUGCAUUGUCGUUUAUGCAAAUCUGAUGAACAUUGGAGUACUCAUUGUCCUUAUAAGGAGCAUUUCAAAGGAAAUGAAGAUUCUGAUUUGGCUGAUAAAUCUGCUGCUACAAGAAUUGGUGGUGGUCCAAGUCAAUUACCUCGUGGUACUUAUAUACCGCCAUCUCUGCGAAAUGUUGGUAGUGGGGCUGCUAUUGGAGUUUCUGAACGUCAUUCGGAUGAGACAACUGUUCGUAUAACUAAUUUGCCUGAGGAUUCUGAUACUUUGGAAGAUGAUUUGAGGGGAAUGUUUUCUAAAGCUGGAAAGAUAUUGCGCUCAUAUGUUGCUCGAGAUAAAAUACAUAACAAGCCAAAAGGAUUUGCUUUCAUUACUUUCGCGCAGAGAAACGAGGCAGAAAAUGCAAUUCAAAACUUUAAUGGAGCUAAAUUUGAACAUUUGAUUCUUAAAGUGGAAUGGACAAAGUUAGUUAUUUUGUGAAUAAAAUUUGAAAUAAUUGUAUUUGGUUUUAAUUAAAUGAUAUAAACAAUAUAGAGAUAUCAUAAAGGAAAAAUACAAGAAGGGGGAAAAAAGUCCGCAUCCCAUUUGCGGGUAGGUAGGACAUCAACACCAUCUAGUGAGCUCUAGUGGGGUUUUCUAACUAACAAGGAACCAAUAUCGAACUGUCAGGAGUACGCAUUCUAUUUAAGGACAUCUCAAGGCAUUUUUAGGCCCAGGGGUGUAUCUAAAACUAUGUUAAGGAGACUUUGUUCAAAUCCUAAUAG